AUGAAGCCGUUCGCCAUUACUACGGCGCUCUUUAGCUUGGUCUCCGCCGCACUCGCUGGCGCAAGCACCGAGUCCAAGACAUCAAAGAUCAUCCUUCCCGCCGACUUCAAGCCUCCCCAGGUUUUCCAGAACGCCAAUUUGGUACACGUCAUCUCCCUCGAGAAGAAUUACGUCAAAGAACAGAUUAACGUCCUUGUUGAGAACGUCGCGAAGGAGCCACAGACAGAGUACUAUGUGCCAUUCACCACUGAACAGCUGCCUCGUGUAGGAGGUUUCGAGGUCAAGGAUCGAAAGGACGCGAACGCAGGGCCGUUUGUGGUCGAGACCGUCGAAUACGACACCAACAGUGAUGUUCAAUACUACCGUAUUCAAUUACCUACGCCGCUCAAGCCUGGUGCUCAACAGACGCUCGGCAUCACCUACUACUACCUCAAGGCCUAUACCCCUUCCCCUGCGGUCAUCUCGCAGAGGGCUAGGCAAUUCCUCGCCUACGACUUCUCCGUUUACGCACCAUCCGCCUACGCCACGAAGAAGCAGAAGACCGAAAUCAAGACUGGUACUUCCAACAUUCCCGAUUAUACAAAGCUUCCUGGAAGUGGCGACGUCAAGGAGUACCCCGUUAAGCAGGGCUCCAAGCUUAUCUAUGGACCUUUUGAAGAGAAGCCCGCCGGUGCUGUCUCCCCCGCGCGUGUUCGUUUCGAGUUUCAAAAGCCUGUGACCCACGUCAAGGAGCUGGACCGCGAUAUCGAGGUCAGCCACUGGGGCGGCAACAUUGCCUUUGAGGAGCACUACGAUCUGCACUACCGCGGUGCUAACCUGACUGGCUCCUUUAGCCGAGGAGACUUCACAAAGGAUCUGAUUCAAGGCAAUCGCCCCAGCCAUGCGCUCUCUGACAUGCGGGUUCCUCUCCAGGUAGGAAGUGUGGACGCCUACUAUGUCGAUGUUAUUGGCAACAUUUCGACGUCCCGAUUCCGAUCCAACAAGAGAGAGGCUCUCCUUGAGCUGAAGCUUCGAUACCCUCUGUUCGGCGGCUGGAAGGCCCCGUUCACUAUCGGAUGGAACUCAGAUGCUUCCAACUUCUUGCGCAAGACCGCGACUGGAGGUUACGUUCUUCGAGUUCCUUUUAUUGAGGGCCCCAAGCAGCUUGAGGGUGUCGAGUAUGAGCAAGUCAACAUCAACGUCCUUCUCCCCGAGGGUGCUGUGAACGUCAAGUUCUACACCAACGUUCCCGAGUCAUCCAUCAUGUCAACCUCGAUUGAUCUGACCCGAACUUACCUCGACACCGUCGGCAGAACACACAUCAACAUCAAGGCGAGAAACCUAGUUGACGAGUUCCGGGAUCGACACCUCAUCAUCUCCUACGACGCGCCUUUGUCGAGCGCUCUCCGAAAGCCUCUGAUUGUCUUUGCCAGUGCGAUGGCGGUCUUCGUGACUACCUGGGCUCUUGGUCAACUGCAGGUGGAAUUUAAGCAGAAGAAAUAG